UCGCCAAAGGGCUUAGUUAAGAUGCCUUGGAUCAACUGAACAACUGUGUAAAAUUUCAUACAAAUUUAGUUUUCGAUUGUCUACAUACACAUUUUGAAAUUAGGCGUUUAAAGUUAUCCAAAUCAGUUGAUUUAAGUUUAGCGGUAUUUUAUUUUAAAUGUUGGUGGCCCUGGAUUUCAAUUUUCACUACAUACUUGAUACUACUUAUUGGUCUGUGAAUUUUCCUUUUUGUUUUUGUAAAAUAAAUAAAUUCGGUUUGAGACUGAAUAAUAAAAUCAAUCAAAACUUUAGAAAUGCCCUAUUUUAUGAAAAAUAUAUAGUAUUAUUUGAUUAAUAAGAAAUUAGAAUGCGUCUCACGACUCGUUUCUUGUCUUCAGUCAUUCAGAAAAGGCCAUUUUAUAUAACAACCCCAAUAUUUUAUGUUAAUGCUGCACCUCAUUUAGGACAUUUAUACAGUGCAGUUGUGGCAGAUGCAAUACAACGCUUUGAAAAAUUAACAAAUCCUGACACAAAUGUGAUCUUUAGUACUGGCACAGAUGAACAUGGUACUAAGAUCCAGCAGGCUGCGGCUAAAGUGAACCUCUCUCUACCAGACUACUGUACAGCUAUAUCUCAGGAAUAUAGAGAUUUAUUUAAAGAUUUUCAUGUUGAGUUUACUGAUUUUGUACGAACUACAGAAGAGAGGCAUAAAAAUGCUGUGAGGCACUUUUGGAAAAAAUUAGUUAAAAAAGACUAUAUAUACAAAGCCAAGUAUUCAGGAUGGUACAGUGUGAAUGAUGAGGCAUUUGUGCCUGAUGCUCAGAUUAGAGUUGAUGACACACCUGAUGGCAAGGUUAGAGUGUCAGUAGAAUCAGGACACAAAUUAGAAUGGACAGAGGAGACAAACUAUAUGUUUAGACUGAGUGCAUUCAAGCAGCAUCUCAGAGAAUGGCUUCAGACAGAUGGUGUUGUGACACCUAGCAAAUUUCAAAAGCAGUUGCAAGAAAUGGUAGAAAACGAUGUUUAUCUACCCGAUAUUUCUGUCAGUAGACCGGCAUCUAGGGUGCAUUGGGCUAUACGAGUGCCGGAUGAUGAAGAACAAAGUAUAUACGUGUGGCUCGACGCACUGAUAAACUACCUUACGGUGUGCGGAUACCCUGAUGAUGACCACAUGAAGGACAGGGGCAGACCCUGGCCUGCAGAUGUACAAGUUGUCGGAAAGGAUAUAUUGAAAUUCCACGGUAUCUACUGGCCAGCAUUCCUAAUGGCCAUCAAGUGGCAUCCGCCGCGUCAGUUGCUCUGCCAUAGUCAUUGGACGGUCGAUGGCAGUAAGAUGUCAAAAAGUCUCCACAACGUGGUAGACCCAAGGCAUACGGUUGCGUCGCAUGCCCUUAGAUAUUUAAUGUUACGGGAGGCAACAAUGGCGGAUGACGCUAAUUAUAGCGAAACAAAACUAAUCAACAUAGCGAACUCCGAGUUAGCAGAUACUCUGGGCAAUUUAGUGAGUAGAAGCUGUGGACCGGCACUGAACCCGAGGUGUGAGUUCCCCGCCUUACAUCACCAGGAAUUGGCAGAGUGUUGCCAGCUCCAAGUGACGUCACAGUUAUUAGAUGCAGUGGAAAGGUUGCCAGACAUAUGUCGGUCGCACUAUUCAAACUACCAAUUCUAUAAAGCAGUGGACGCGGUCAUACACGCCUUACAUUUAGCCAAUUUGUUCUUCGAAACUUUAAAACCCUGGGAGCUCAAGAAGAAACCGGAAAGCCAAAAACAGUUAGAUGUUGUACUCCAUUUGACACUCGAAACAUUACGUAUUUGCUCAAUUAUUUUACAGCCGAUAAUACCAGAUAUAACAAAUAAACUUUUAGAUAAAUUGCAAGUCGGGAAGAAUUUUAGGAGUUGGCAACACUGUGAGAAACCUUCUUGGCGGUUGAAGGGCGCCAUCUACGAGACGAAGAAUAUACAAUGCGGAAAGUUUGUUUUGUUUCAGCGUAUUUAUGUUGAUAAGAGUAAUGUGAAAAAGAAAAAGGCUAGUGCGUGAUAAUUGAAUUAGUAUUUUUCGACUUGACAUCGACUACAAUUAAUAACAUGUUUAUGAAAUAACGUUUUAAUGUGUGUUGAAAUACUUGAAUAAUUGUUUACGUAAGCAGAUUUAUUGCAAUUUAUCCCCCAUUGAGAUGUGAUGCGGAGUUUCUUGCCAGUUCUUCUCGCCAGCCCUUGAAAUGGCAACUGGUAUUUUGAAUAAAUAAAUGAAUAUUUAUUUGAGAUUAGAAAAAAUGCGAAAUGAUUAUAUUUAUUAUUUAGUGGCCUAUUCCAGCUUUCUACGGCUAGACAUGAUGUGUUUUUUUUAAUAUUUUGGAAAUAAGUUUAUAUUGGGGGAAAGCCUGUCAUUCUCAUGUAGAAGUUUUAAGUAGGUUCUAUAAACCUUUUCUCUUUACUAUGUUAGUAUGAAUAGUGUUAUAAUGUGCCUUAUCUGUUCUUAACAUAUGAAUUAAUUCAGUCGAAUGAGCGAUGUCACUAAAACUCAAAUAUCAACAGACUUGUUGAAUGUUUCCUUUUUUUUAAUAAACUUUUAACAUAAAACAUUACAUAAAAAAACAUACGGUUUCGGUUUUCCGUAAAUAGUUUCCUAUGUAGUUUAAAAUCCCAUGGGUAUUUUUUAAAAAUAUAGCCAUUAGGGGGAUAUAGAUAAUGUCAACAAACUCCGUGUUUAUAGCCUAUUGAUAAUAAUUAUCGUUAUGACCUUCCAAUACAUUUUUUCUAUGUACAGUGGUAAAAGUGUAGAUUAUAAAUCCCUAGACCAUAGUGUAGCUAGUCAGUUAGUGUGAAAUAUUACAAAUGUACAACAUUAUGUUCUGAAAAUCCCUACUAGCUUUUUAAUGUUACUGGGCGCACACAUUUCUUUUUGAAUGUGAAAUUUAAAAGUUGCACAUCCUUAUAAAAUGUUCAUGUAUAAAGUGUAUAGAAUAUUCUAAAUUUUACGCAAUUCUUUAUAUAAACGGACAGUUCAGAAUAUAUUAGUAAUCAAUAAAAUUAUUAUGCGAUAA